UGUCGACGUUUACAAAAUACAUUAUUCGAACAAAAGACAAGACAUUCGAGCGUGCGUUGUUGAAAGUUGAGUGAUGAAAUUACAUGUUGUGACGAAAUAUUGAACAUUGAGUAUCAACAUUGAUUUUUGGCGGCGAUGGAACGCCAUAUUAAUUGUGUUGAAGAGGAGAGUCAGAGUUACAUUUGGGCUUAACACGGGCAAAAGAUAACCGAAAAUUGACGAUAUAAUAGUUGAACAUAGCCACACGUAUAACAUGUCGAGUUUACAGGAGUCAAGUGCAGCGAUGGCAUUGUUAAAAGAUAAACUUUCACGUUACAUGACAAUCGAAGGGAUCGAAUAUGGCAUGAAAUUUGUUCCUCGAUCGACUGAUGUGAUUAUUAGCACUUCGCCGAAAUGUGGCACGACCUGGAUGCAACAGAUUGUUCAUCAGUUAAGAAGUGGAGGUGAUAUGAGCUUUGCAGAUAUCGAUGACGUUGUGCAAUACAUUGAUAUGGCUUACGACCUUGGGCAAGAUCUCGAUGCCGAACAGAAAUAUCAACCGAGAUGUUUCAAGACUCACUGUUCCUACGAAAACUGCGCAAAGGGCGCUGGCAAGUACAUUGUCGUCUUUCGAGAGCCAUGCGCAGCUUUCUACAGUUUAUUUGAUUUCUUCCAAGGAAGAUGUUUUAAAACUGGUGAAAUAUCAGUUCAUGAAUUCGUCACCGACGCACCAACUGGCGAGAGUUCGAAUUACUUCAAGCACAUUCUCAGCUGGUGGCCACAGAGAAAUGAUCCCAAUGUGUUGUUUCUGUUCUAUGAAGAAAUGUUGGAAGAUUUGGAAUGUUCAGUCAGAGCGAUUGCAUCCUUCAUAGGCAUUGAUGAUGAAGCACGUAUAGCGAAUGCUGUGAAGAUGAGCACGUUUGAUUUCAUGAAACAAAAUCAAGACAAGUUCGCAUGUCAUAGCGUAGCUCGUGCUCGAAAUAAUAUAAUGGGGUUUCCUGAAGAGACCCGGUUGCAACGCGUUGCGACAGGCUCUGCUACGAAAGCCCUUGAGAUGAUGGAGGAGUGUACCAAACUAGAUAUUCAAAAAAUGUGGACUGAGACGAUUGGUAAAGAAUUGGGCGUUCAGGAUUACAACGAAUUUAGAGAAGCUUGGAAGAAGUAUUUCUCUGUAAAACAGGACCAUUAACUCGUGACUGUUAUUAGCAGUGUAUACGACUUAAUUGAAAUAUUUCUGGACCAUUGAAACAUUAAACGUGAAUAAGCUAACUCGUUGUAAAAUUUCAUGUAGCUACUAUAAAAGAAAAACCGCAUAUUUAAGUUAUGCGCAGAUAAUUGGAUUUGAAACAUUAAUCGGUGUUGAGAUGAUUGGUUAUGGGGCAACGUUCAGGUAGUUAUUAUAAUAUUAUUGAAACAAGACGGCUGUUCUGACGUUAACUCCGGCGUGCCGUGCACGUGCCUUCAACAUAAAGCCUUCAAUAUAAAGUCUUCAAUAUAAAGUCUUCAAUAU